AUGACAUCCCGGCAUGUGGCUACAGUCGCCGCCGACGUCGUGCUGCCCGCGUCCACGCUCGCACGUUCGCCGUCGCUCGACGAUGGUGUUUGUCCCAGUACAGAGCGCUUGCACCGCUCUUUCGGCUGUGAACUGAUCCAGGAAGCGGGCAUCCUCCUGCGUCUCCCGCAAGUCGUGAUGGCUACAGCCCAGACGCUGUUACACCGUUUCUACUAUCGCAAAUCUCUGCGCCAAUUCGACGCUCUUCGCGUCGCAAUGAGCUGCUUAUUUCUGGCUGCAAAAGUGGAAGAAACGCCCAAUCGCGUGCACGACGUGGUCCGCGUCUUCUACGCCACGUUUCGACGGCGCAAGUGGAAGCGCGCGGCCGUGACGCAGCAGCUCCUUGACGUGGACAGCGCGACUUUUAGCCAAUGGCGUUCGUGGCUGCUUACAGUCGAGCGUCAGGUGCUGAUUGACGUGGGCUUUAGUAUCUACAAUGUCACGGAGCACCCGCACAAGUACGUGCUGUACUAUGUGAAGGUACUGGCCGGCAGCUCGGAGCUCGCGCAACAGGCUUGGGGUUACAUUAACGACAGUCUGCGACGCGAUAUCUGUGUGCGAUACAAGGCCCAAGUCACUGCGUGUGCAGCUAUAUUCUUAGCCAGUCGGUUCCAGAGAGUGGCUUUGCCGGAGCACCCGCCGUGGUAUUCGUUGUUUGACGUGGAGAAGGCAGAGCUAUAUGCUGUGAGUGUCGCGAUUAUGGAACUGUACAAGCAGGAGAAGGUGGAGUGGCUAGAACCGCUAACGGAGACAAAUCCGUUUGCUAUGGAUGAUUAUCCGAUGGAAAAAGAUGUGCCAAGUCCAGAGCUGGAAAAGCUCGAGGUUGAAGCUGAGAAGGAGAAGGAAAAGAGAACCUCAACCGAGACACAAGCAAGUGCAGAUGCACCAGCACUUGCUACGCCCAAAAGUCCGCGAGCGACGAAAGAUGUCUUCCGUGAGAGCCCGUCGACGACGCAGCAGGUGGGAUGA